UACUGACAUUCGCAUGCGGAAGUUGGAGUGGGGAAAACAAUCGGGAGGAUCGACGAACAGUAACUUUAAAUAAGGAAUAGAAGAAACAAACGACGGCGUUAUAUUUGACCUGGUCACCUGCUGAUAUAUCUGGUGGACGUUUUCCACACAUAAAGAAAAGUCAAGAUGGAGUUCCUGUUUGGAAAAAGAAAGACUCCAGAGGAGAUGCUCAGACAGAAUCAGAGAGCACUGAAUCGAGCCAUGAGAGAUCUGGACAGAGAACGUCAGAGAAUGGAGCAACAGGAAAAGAAAAUAAUUGCUGACAUUAAGAAAAUGGCCAAACAAGGACAAAUGGAUGCUGUUAAGAUUAUGGCUAAGGACUUGGUUCGCACAAGACGAUACGUUAAGAAAUUCAUCAUGAUGAGAGCCAAUAUUCAAGCUGUCAGCCUUAAAAUCCAAACCCUCAAAUCAAACAACAGCAUGGCACAGGCCAUGAAAGGAGUCACCAAAGCUAUGGCCACCAUGAACAGACAGCUGAAGUUGCCACAGAUUCAAAAGAUCAUGAUGGAGUUUGAGCGCCAAAGUGAAAUAAUGGACAUGAAGGAGGAGAUGAUGAAUGAUGCAAUUGAUGAUGCAAUGGGGGAUGAAGAUGAUGAAGAGGAGAGUGAUGCUGUGGUUUCUCAAGUUCUGGAUGAGCUGGGUCUGACACUGUCUGAUGAACUUUCAAACCUGCCUUCUACUGGAGGAAGUCUCUCAGUUGCAGCUGGGAAGAAAGCUGAACCACAGCCUACGCUGGCAGAUGCUGAUGCUGACCUGGAGGAGAGGUUGAAUAAUCUCAGGAAAGACUGAAAAUGAAAAAACUUUUAGUAAAGGUUUGAAGCAGAAAUGUUUGUGGGAAGCUCACUUUACUGAAAUUUAAACUGAUGCAAAGAGGGAGGUACAUUGGAGUAUUUGGGUGCAGUGUUUUUUUUUUACUUUUUUUUUCUAAUCUUAGACACCUUUUUGCAUCCUGUAUCUUCUAACGAUACUGAAUGUGCUGUCUAAAUGUUACCCUGCCAAACAAGUUACCUAAAUGAAGAUGCAAUGCAUCAGACUGCUUUCAAGUCUUCUGUUUAGACAAAUCCUUUCUAAAAGAAAACAAGGUUCCAAAACUAACACUAAAUAUUUAAUUACUUAAACCAGUUUUAAUCACAUAUCAUCUCUUGAAGUCUAAUAAAUGUGGAUGGUGAUACUUUCCUUUUAUAUAAAUAGUGUAAAAUGUAGCCACUGGAGUUUUUCAGUCUCUCCAUAUGUGGGUACAUCAGAGUACCCUCUUUGAAAUACCUGUGCUAUUAUACUAUCAUAAACUCUGCUAAUGAUAUUUUCAUCUUGAUCUUUCAGUGGUACAUGCCCUUGUAUAAUAAAUGUGGUGGUUUAUAUUUGUUUCUCAAAGUGAUUGAAUCUCUGGUCCCGAAACACUGGUCUGUUUAUUAAUUUGUUGAUCUUCAUAGAAGCUUAAAGGGUUACUUCACCCGAAAUUAAAAAAUGUCUGAUCAUUUACUCACCCUCAUGCCAUCCCAGAUGUGUAUAACUUACUUUCUUCUGCAGAAAACAAAUAAAGAUUUUAGAAGAAUAUUUCAGUUCUGUAGGUUCAUACAAUGCAAGUGAAUGAUGACCAGAACUUUGCAGGUCGAAAAAGCAUAUAAAAGCAGCAUAAAAGUAAUCCAAAUCUUUAAAAGCAAUAUGAUAGGUGUGGGUGAGAAACAGAUCAAUAUUUAAUUCCUAUUUAACUAUAAAUCUCCAAUUCACAUUCUUUUGUUUUUGGCAAUUCACAUUCUUCGUGCAUAUCCCCACCUACUAGGGGAGGAGAAUUUAUGGUAAAAAAAAAAAAAAAAGGACAUCAAUAUUUAUCUGUGUCUCACCCACACCUAUCAUAUCGCUUCUUAAGAUAUGGAUUUAACCACUGGAGUCAUAUGGAUUACUUUUAUACUGCCUCUAUGUGCUUUUUGGAGCUUUUGCAUUGUAUGCACCUACAGAGCUGAAAUAUUGUUCGAAAAAUCUUCAUUUGUGUUCUGCAGAAGAAAAAGUCAUACGCAUCUGGGAAUGGCAUGAGGGUGAGUAAAUGAUGAGAGGAUUUUCAUUUGUGGGCAAACUAUACCUUUAAGUUUGUUUGAGACCAAAUCUCACAAUAACUUUUGUCAUUUAAUAAAAAAGCUAGUUUUAACAAAAUAAUCUAAUUAUUGAACGUUGAGAAAUAUUAAAUGUAUUUAUCUCAUGAUCAAUCAAAAAGAGAUGGUAUAUUUUGAAAAAAAUAUUCCUUAUUUUGCAUUUUUUGGUUCAAUAAAAUUUUUUUACAUUUA